UGAUUGGUCCUUUUUUUUGCCCCUCAUCUCCGUGACCUUUCACCGCUACAGCGUCACCCUCGAGUUGUAAACAUUGAACGAGAAGAGACGUGUUGGAGAAACUUCACUGCCCUUCAACUCUGACACAUGAGACAUGAGUCGAACAAAGACGUUAGGAGUUGAACGUUAAAGUGACACGAUUAUUCAUCCCACUCUACAUACGAUCUCUUCAGUCAUGGCGGGGAUUUACCAAAGAACUCUAAAUCUGAGGGCAGCUCUCAGACAUUUGAGCCCACACAGCACCUUCUCGUCUGCAGCCACAGUCCGACAUUCACUUGUGGGCCCCCGCAGUUCAUUUCUUCCCAUCACCACAUCGCAGUUUGGGGUCUGCUGUCGAAAGCUGCACGCUGGGGCAGACGGACACAAGCUGCGGUCCCCUGCUGCGGCCCCAGACAGGCUGCCUUUCUCCAGAAUAACUCAGGAAGAUUUGGACUUCUUCAGGAAGAUCCUACCAGGCAGAGUCAUCACUGACCCGGACCUGCUGGAGUCGAGUAACGUGGAUUGGCUCAAGUCAGUGAGAGGUUCCAGUGAACUGCUGCUGAGACCUCAAACAACAGAGGAAGUCUCCCAAAUUCUCAAGUAUUGUAACAGUCGUAACCUGGCGGUGAACCCACAAGGAGGAAACACCGGGCUGGUUGGCGGCAGCGUGCCCGUUUAUGAUGAGAUCAUCCUCUCCACUGCACUCAUGAACAACAUCCUGACCUUUGAUAGCAUCUCUGGUAUUCUGACCUGUCAGGCAGGCUGUGUCUUGGAGAAUUUGUCCCUUUACCUGGAGGAGAAGGACUACAUCAUGCCGCUCGAUCUGGGAGCAAAAGGCAGUUGCCACAUUGGAGGAAACGUGGCGACUAAUGCCGGUGGACUCCGGCUGCUGCGAUACGGCUCCUUACACGGGACUGUGCUGGGUCUGGAAGUGGUGUUGGGAGAUGGGCAAGUGCUGCAUUGUUUGGCCACACUGCGGAAAGAUAAUACAGGAUAUGACCUCAAACAGCUGUUCAUAGGGUCAGAAGGCACACUGGGGGUUAUUACUGCAGUGUCCAUUCUUUGUCCACGCAAACCCAAAUCUGUUAAUGUGGUUUUUCUGGGCUGCGAGACCUUUGAGCAGCUGCUGAAGACGUUUCAGCUCUGCAGAGGCAUGCUGGGAGAAAUUCUGUCAGCCUACGAAUUUCUAGACAGUGAAUGUAUGAGGCUGCUGAACACACACCUCAAACUACCCAAUCCCAUCUCUGAUUGUCCAUUCUACGUCGUCAUAGAAACGUCCGGAUCCGACCCAAAACACGAUGGGGAGAAACUCCACAAUUUCUUAGAGGAGGCGAUGACGUCAUCUCUGGUUGCUGACGGGACUGUGGCAACCGAAGACUCCAAAAUAAAGGCUCUGUGGUCGAUGCGUGAACGUGUCACGGAGGCGUUGACUCACGAUGGAUUUACUUACAAAUACGACAUCUCACUGCCGGUGGAGCAGAUCUAUCAGCUGGUGACAGACAUGAGGGAGCACCUGGGCGACCGGGCCAAGAGUGUGGUAGGAUACGGACACGUAGGAGACGGAAACCUCCACUUGAACGUCACCUCUCCUGCCAAAGACCCGGCUCUCCUCGCUGCCAUCGAGCCCUUUGUCUACGAGUGGACAGCCCGAUGUCACGGCAGCAUCAGUGCAGAGCACGGACUGGGCCUGAAGAAGAGGAACUACAUCUACUACAGUAAACCCAGCCAGGCUGUGGCUCUGAUGGGUAAUAUCAAGGCCAUGCUGGACCCAAAGGGCAUCCUCAACCCGUACAAGACUUUACCAGAUAACCUGAAAUGACCCAAAUGGUCCCACCGCUGUGGGGAAGGUGGAAAUGUGUACAGAGCUCAUGUGGGAUUUCCAAUUUAGCUACAACCUUAUUGCCAUGUGUCCUUUCCUGUGGUGCCCUUUUCACACAUUUAGUAUAGAGUUGCAGAUAUGUCUCCAAAACUGUAAAAAAAAUAGUUUUACAGUGGCAUAACAGCCAGUCAACUACCUCAGCUGUACUCUAAUAGGCAUUAGUGUGCCUACUGGUUGCCACUAGGGGGCAGACAGAAAAUGAGAGAGCACAGUACUGUAGUGUCCUGUGACUGUUUCACAGCCUCAGUAUCUGCAGCUGUUUGUGUUGAUCCAAUCAAGUUAAAGUCUUUUUUAGUAUAAAUGUCUCUCUGGCAGUCUUUCUAUGUUGAGUUACAGUCGAAGGAUUGUAGCUGAAUUUUGUGCUAAAAAGACUGGAACUAACUCAAGUCUGCUGAACGUCAGCUGAAAGAUUUUGUCACUUACAUUAGAAAAGGAUCUCUUAAUGGCUGGUAUGAACACGAGGAAUGAUCACGGAAAGAAAACCCUGCUUCAGUCAUCAUGUGGGCACCUUUUUAAACUGUGAACCUCUAACUUAAAGGUCCAGUGUGUGUGAGUCUAGAUGCCACUAAAUCCUACACACUGGUCCUUUAAAAUGUAGGUACAGCUGGCGAACACGAAUGCAACAGUCCUGUAAUAAAUCCGAGCCUCACGAAGGUCAAAGUGUUUGAGAUGUGUUGAUUCAAGUGUCAUGAAUAUAAACCCUCAAUGAUGUAAACAAAGUGAUAGAAACAGCUGUCAGCGCCACAAACUGCAUCCUCCAAAACGAUCAUAAAGUUGAAACAACAGAACAUUAAAUUGAUUAUUAACAACAGCGCUGCUUCAGUUUUAGCUCCUGUACCUUUAAAAACUGGCAAAUAAAGAGGAAAAAUCAAAACACAUGCCGGCUAAUCAUUAGGCAAGAGUGCAGUAAAUGUUUUUAUUACAUAUAAAAAAGACAAAGCAACGUUUUUUUCCCAAAACAAACCCAGCAUUUGUGAACAAACUCAUCUGUAACCGCACAACUAGGCAACUCCAGAAUAAAACUGUUACCAAACGAA